AGAUAUAUUUCUGGAACAUUUGAUGUUUUAAAGAAGAUUACGUAACUGGAUUAAGGUGUUUGUGGAAAUGUCUUUUUCUGCGGAUGUGUGAACCCUGGUUGUUUUGGGGGAAAUAAAUGCAGAAACGGACUUUCUUGAGCUGAAAACCAACGGGUUCUGGGGGAGAGCAUGACCGAGGAAAGGCUGCUGUUCUUAGAUAUUAGAGAAUCAAAGAUCUCCACACCUGCUGAAGGAGAGAGAAACAAGCCUUUCUGGGCUGGCAGUGACAACUCCUUCAGGUUUAACUUUUUCACAGACGGCGUCCCUCCAUCUCACGAGAAAACAUCUCCAGCAGACCGCAUCCCAUCCCCCACCCCAGCAUUAUCUUUGACAGGGCAGGGCUCUGCUUUUGCUUUUAACUUUCAAAUCCCUCCUGACCCACCUGCCGAAGACAUGGACACAACGGAGACUGCACACUUCUCAUCUCCAAGCAACCAACAGUGUGACCCGGAGGAAGAGCGUUCCCAUUCCCAGGGGGGUGCGUCUGAAUGUGAAGCAUCAGAGCAGUCCAAAACAAAAAAGAAGAAGAAAACUGGAAAGAAGAAACUGUCUGACACCGAGACACAGCAAAAGCUGACAGAAGGGAGUCAGAAAGAGGAAGAGCUGAGCCCAGAGGAGCAGCUGAACAGGCAGCUGGACUGGUGUAUCGAACAGCUGGAGCUGGGAAUAAGGUCCCAGAAAGGAACUCCAAAACAGAAAGAGGAGGCCUCUCGAGCCUUGAAGACGCUGCGCAGCUCCAAAGCUCCUCUGGUCAAGAAGCGGCAGGUGAUGAGAGCCAUGACUGGAGAUUACAGGAAGCAAAUGGAGGAAGAGAAGAAGAAGCAGUUCAAGCUCAUUCAAAGUGAAACUGCAUCAGCUCAGGUCAAAGUGGCGUCAUAUUCCCCAAAGAAGUCUGUUUUCCACCGCAGAGCUGAGGUGAGAACCCAUCCAGCAGCUUCAGAUGACCAGCAGCAGCAGGCUGGACCCUGGGGGCCUCAGGAGGAGACGACAGCCUUCGCUUUUGUUCCAUCAAAAAAAGAGUUUCUCUUCAAUUUCUUCUGAUAUUUCUGUGCUGAAAGAUGAAGAUCUCUCCAUGAACUGAACUGGAAAUAAGUGUUACUUACUCUGAACACGUAACGGUUGUUUAAAUAUUCAAAACACACAAGAAAUGUUGCGUCUGAAGAUUUGUUGUGAAAAAUGAUCAUAAAAAGGCUGUGAUUGCAUACACCAUC